AUGCCAUAUGGGUCGUUCUGGCGCAACAUCAGGCGGGCUCUGUAUCAGCGCUUCAACUCUGACGCGGUGUCUCAGUUCCGCCCUGUUCUGCUACAAGAGACACAUAAGCUGCUCAAGAGACUCACAGCCAGUCCAGAUGACGUGGUCGAGCACAUUCGACUCACCAUCCAGGUACUCAAGUGCGUCCGUGAUGAAAAUCACAUUCGGCAUCGAAGUGGAUACUCCAGGGAUGAGCUCGUCAUGCUUGAAGACAAUCUCGCCAAAGCUUUCGAAAUGAUAUAUGCCCCCGGCAGCUAUCUUGUCGAGUCGUUCCCUUUUCUGCGGUACGUCCCUGUCUGGUUCCCGGGUGCAAAUUUCCAAAAAGAUGCGGCUGACUUCAAGGAAAUAUUCAGCACCGGUCUGCACAAGCCAUUCGACGUUACGUCGAAGAAUAUGCGCUCUGGAGAAUACCUUUCGAGUCUCGCCUCCUCCUUGGUGCAACAGGCACAAGCGGAAGGGGAACCUGACUAA